UCUUACCUCCAUUCCCCGCAGUUGUUGGAAGCAAGGUGCAAAGGUGAUUAAACUACGAUUAAAGGCGCCACCCACAAGCCUGUGGUAAUAGAGGGCCCGCCGGUCAAUUAUUAUGGAUCACGUUACGUUCCUGGCAGUGGACACCGGGUCAGGAGUGCGUGCCCAUCAAACGUGACAUCUGCAAAGGACGAAAUCAAAAAUGAAAGUAUAUAAGGAUGACACCCCACACAGUCCGGCUACUCUUUUACUUGCUAUCAACCAACUGUUGUGUGUGUAGUGUUUCGUUUGAUUGGAUUAUUCAAAAAUGAAGGUGUUUAUUGUCUGUACUUUUGCUCUGAUCGCAACGGUCUGCGCAGACAAGUCCGCCCCGUACCCGGCGUCUGGCGCUAAACCCAACGGACCUAUAUUCCUGCUCCCUGUUGGAAAACAGGCUCCUGCUGCGUCUCCUACGAAGGCACCAACCUAUGUCUAUCCAUACGCUCCUGCCUCUCCACCAAGCUCUCCAAAGGCACCAGAGCCAACAACGGCCAACCCUCAGGAGGUGGAUAUCGUGACCCCAAACAACACUUCCCCUAGCCAGAGACAGGAGGUCAUCGACGUGGGGGUCUACUACAUCCUGAGUCCGAACGGAAAGCUCCAGAAAGUCGAAUACUUCACCGCGCCUCAACCGGAGUCCGAGAUCGCCCAGAAGCUCCAGGAGUACAACGUCAACGGCCAGAAAGCAGCGCCUCUCAAGUUCAAAGGCGUCGUCUCCAACUUCCAAUACAAAGACGUGGAGCCCAUAACGGCCCCUAUCUUCUCCUACAGUAAUGUCCCUGGGCCCCUGGUCAGGAUUCUCCGGAGAGCCGACUAAAUAGUGCCGUCGAGUAUCACCCCUAUGCCGGAUUUAGGGUGGUGCCCCCCCCCCCCUCUUCCAAGGCAUAGGUGGAGUUAACCCUUUAUUGCAUAGCGUUGCAAGAAAGCAACGGUGUUCAGCAUUAUUUCUACGCUGGAGUAUUAAAUUGAAUCAAAGCAAGAAAUGAUUUUUGGGGAGCAUUGUAAGUCUGCUCUCCUGUUAAAAAAUAACUACAAAAAUCGAUUCCAACUGAAUUUAUUGUCGAAAAAAUACUGUACAAUGUAGAUUUUCUCUCAAAAAUCAACGAUUAACUGGACGUAUUUCUACCAAAGAGACCUAUGUGGCGGUGAGAA